CAAAAAAUCAGCUUGACCUUUGAAUUGAAAGCUCUCUCAAUUUUGCAACAAUUGCAUCGACUUCACAUACUAUGAAGAUGGCACCUCAAUACCUAACAAUCAUGAUCAUUUUUCUCUCUAUCUCUUCAUGUCUUGCAAGAGUCGAGCCAAAACCAUCUUUGGCUCGACAUAAGUCCCAAAUAACCCCAAACCAAACAAAAACUGAAAUUGAAACCCAAGCCCAAACUCGCAACAAAACAAUGGCAUACAUAGAGUCCUCGUGCCAAGGAACACGAUACCCAGAUCUAUGCAUGCGGUCCUUAGCCUCGUUCGCCAAAUACUCCACCGUAGUUGGACCUGACCACUUAGCCCACAUAGCCCUAUCUGUAAGCCUCGUCAAAGCACUUCAAACAAGAGGUUACUUAUUAAAGGUAGUAAAAGAAAUUGAAGAAAUCAACAAGGGUAGCGAGCCAGGUCUUGCAUACUUAACUAUGCAAGAUUGUGAGAAACAAAUCAGCGAUAGCGUUGAUCAACUUAGCCAAGCAAUUAAAGAGCUUCGUCGGGUGAACAAAGGUACAAUUAUUGAUGAUAAAAUGUUGUGGCAUAUAAGUAACGUCGAGACAUGGGUGAGCACUGCUUUAACCGAUGCUAGCUAUUGUGUGCAAUCGUUUCCCGGUCAUAGGAUGAGUAAGAGGACUGCUACUAUAAAGAGUAAGGCACAAAAUGUUGCUGAGGUUACUAGUAAUGGUCUUGCUUUGUUCCACAAGUAUGCUGCUAGGUACAAAGCAGCAGCAGCUGCUAGAGCUGCCAAGAGACCAUAAUCAAUACAAGCUUAAAGUUUUUUGGUCAUGUAGAUGAUACUUUUUUUUUUUCCUUGCUCAAGGUUUGCUUAAUAUUGUUUUUAACAAAGUGUGAUAUAUAUAUAUAUAUAUAUGGUUGUAUAAAUUAAUAUUUC